AUGUCUUCUCCUCAGCUCAUUACUGUCUUUGGUGCACUUGGUGCCCAGGGCGGUUCUGUUGUCCAAUCCCUCCUUCAGAACAAGGCCAAGACCUUCAAGAUCCGCGGUAUUACUCGUAAUCCUGGUUCUGAAAAGGCCAAGGCCCUGACUAGUCAAGGCGUUGAGGUUGUCAAGGCUGACGGUCUUGUCAAGAACGAGGUUGUCGAAGCUUUCAAAGACAGCUGGGGUGUCUUCAUCAACACGAAUUCGGAUGAUCCUUCUGUGAGCCAAGAAGAUGGGCCUACUGAGUUUGAUCUCGGUAAGAAUCUUGUUGAUGCUGCCGCCGAGGCGGGAGUUCGUCAUUUUGUGUAUAGCGGCAUGGCUUCUGCCUCUGAGGUUACUGGAGGGACCGUCCCUAACAAAGCCUUCGAUAUGAAAAAUGCAGUUGGCGAAUACGCCAAGAGUAAGGGAGUCUUUGAAACUGUCAACAUUGUCAGUCCCGGCUGGUACUUGGAGAACCAUCUUGUCGAGGAGUUUGCACCCGUGCUAGGAGGUUUUCCAUACCAGACUGACGAAGAAGGAUAUCUUACACUGCAUAUCCCCCGCUGGGGCGGCAAUGAUGAGAUUCCAUUCAUCGAUAUCGGAGAUGACUAUGGUGAUCUUGUUCACGGAAUCUUCCUUGAUCCCAAAAAGUACAACGGACAGCUGGUUCAUGGUGUCAGUGCUAGCGAGACGCCCGAGAAGCUAGUUUCUGAUUUUGAAAAGGUAACUGGAAAGAAAGCUCGUUUUGUACCUAUCGAGGACUGGAAGUCCAUGGAGACGUAUGGCGAGCAGGGCUUCGAAACAGUAAAGUACAUGUUUGGUUUCUGCCAGUACUCUGACGGUUUGUACUAUGGCGUGCCUAACGAUUUGAUUACUGCUGGAGAUUUGAAGGCGAGGGCAGCUAAGGCCAAGGGGCAGUCUGGCGAUGAGACUAAGCUCAUGACUCUGGAAGGCUUCUGGAAGAAAUACUUUUCUUCGUAG